GACAGUCUCUCACGCGAUAUACAUGGUAGGUAUAUUGUCUCGCUUCCAUUCAAGGACGACCCAGCUGUACUGGGCCGUUCGUACGAAAUCGCAAAACGCCGCUUAUCUAAUUUGGAAAAAAGAUUGAAUAGUAUUCCGGAAUUACGCAAAGACUAUAACGACACCAUUUCCGAAUAUUUAAGUAAAGGUUAUUUGAAUCUAAUUAAAAAUCCUCAGCCAGGUCCGUGUUAUUACAUACCGCAUCACGCUGUAUAUCGUCCAGACAAGACUUCUUCCAGAACUAGGAUUGUCCUGGACGCGAGUUGCAAAACUGUCAGCGAUGAUAAGUCAAACCGCUCCCUAAACGACAUUUUAUACACUGGACCGAACUUACAGGCCAACAUAUUUGAUUUAUUAAUUAAUUUGAGAUUAUUUUCAAUCGCUCUUUCGGCUGACAUUGAAAAAAUGUAUUUUCAAAUUAAACUUGCACCUGAUGAUCACCGUUACCAGCGCAUCCUGUAUAGAUUCGAUACGAGCGAUCGUAUCGAAACGUAUGAAUUUAACUGUGUAUCGUUCGGAGUCUGUUGUUCGCCAUACCUUGCUAUGCGAGUAGUGAAACAGCUAGCCAAAGACGAGCGCGCACGCUUUCCCAACGCGGCCUUGGCAGCUGAACGCCACUUUUACAUGGAUGACUACGUCUCUUCUGUGCAUUCUAUAGAAGAGGCUAAAGAUCUAUACGACGAGCUCGUUCAACUGUUCAACGCUGGUGGUUUUAAACUAACAAAAUGGAUUUCAAACAGCACCCAUCUAUUAAAAGAAAUACCUACUGAGUUGCACUCGCCUAGUAUUGUACAAUUUGAUGAAAAUUCGAUCACCGCGAAUACAAAAAUAGUUGGUUUACAAUGGGAACCAAAUGCUGACGUUUUUACCUUUAAAGUAAACGCACCUAACAAACCUAAGUGCACAAAACGUAUAAUACUUUCAGCUACCGCAAGAUUAUUCGAUCCGCUGUCGUUAUUAGGACCCGUAACCGCUUUAUUAAAACUACUAGUCCAGGAAUGCUGGAAACAAAAUCUGGAUUGGGAUGAGGACGCUCCCUCCAGCAUACAAGAUCAGUGGUUUCAGUUACAACGCGAACUCCAUUUGUUAGAACAGUUGCAAAUUCCGCGUCACAUAGGUAUCUUAAAAACUACGAAUAAUAUUUCAUUGAUUGGAUUCGCUGACGCUAGCGAGAAGUGCUACGGCGCUGUUGUUUACCUGCGCGUCAGCUCGGAGGAUGCAGAUAAAGCUCAAGUCACAUUGCUGUGCGCUAGGUCGAGAGUUGCCUCACCGAAAUGCAAUGUAUCCUUGCCGCGGCUUGAACUUUGCGCGAACCUUCUGUUAUCAAACUUGAUCGUCGCUGUCAAGGAUUCAAUUAGUGAACGCGUUAAAAUAAAUCAAAUAUUCGCUUUUUCCGAUUCCACGAUCGCGCUUUCGUGGAUCCACGCGUCGCCGCAUAGGUUUCAAACUUUUGUUGCCAACAGAAUCGCCGCUAUUAACGCUAACCUUCCAGCUGAAAACUGGUAUCGCGUUUCUGGAAAGGAAAACCCCGCAGACAUAAUAUCGCGACCCAUUAUGCCUGCACAACUUUUAGACAAUACGCUUUGGUUUCACGGACCCUCGUGGGUUUCACAGCCCUUCUGCGAUUGGCCCUUAAACGCAUUUACGGAAGACGAGUUACCUGAACAAAAGAGGCCUGUCUCGCUAAUUACUAAACCAUGUAAUAUCGAAAAUGAUUAUAACUGUUUGUACAACUCAGCAGAUCGCAUGUCAAACUGGAAUAGGUUCCUACACGCAUGGGUGUACGUAUUGCGUUUUAGUAAAUUAUUAAAGUCGAACGGUGAUAUAACUGUAACAGACUUGGAAGUGACUGAAACGUACAUACUCCGCGUUAUACAAAAGAGACAUUCGUUUAACACCGGCAGCAAUGCUUUGAGAAAAUUAAACGCAUUCACGGACACAAACGAUCUUAUACGCGUCGGUGGGCGAUUGUCACAAUCUGAAUUAGGCUAUUCACAGAAACAUCCAGUCGUACUUCCCGCGAAAGAUCGUAUCGUACAUCUGAUUGUAGACCAUUUCCAUAAGCUGAACGCACACGCCGGACCCGCGUUAUUACUCGCAUUACUACGUCAAAAAUACUGGAUUGUCGCCGCUCGCAAUAUGGUUCGCAAAAUAGUACAAAGUUGCAACCGUUGUUUUAAAUUAAAACCUAAAAACACUUUUCCUAUUAUGGGGGACCUGCCUCACUAUCGUGUUAGUGAAGUAAAGAGUUUCGUAUUCACAGGUGUGGACUAUGCAGGUCCGUUCUAUAUUACCCCAUAUCGCCGCCGCGGUGUUAAGUCGAUGAAAGCAUAUUUAUGCUUAUUCAUUUGUUUAACUACUAAGGCGCUUCAUUUAGAGCUGGUACAGUCAUACUGGCAGAGAUGGAGUCGUGAAUAUCUAUCUUCGCUCCAAAGCAGACAAAAAUGGAAUACGCCAUCUCUACCCAUACAAGUUGGUUGUAUCGUUAUAAUUCGGGACGACAACUCGCCGCCUCUCAGCUGGCCUUUAGGCAUAAUUCAAGAGGUUUACCCCGGUAAAGAUGGAGUAGUCCGUACCGCUAGGGUGAGAACUCGUACAGGUUCUUACGUUAGGCCAGUGGUUAGACUCUGCCCUUUACCACUUCAGUAAGAGCAACGUUUAGUUAAGACCAUUUAGUUUUAAGUUAGUUAAUUACGCUUACAUUAUAGUUCCUUUAAUUUUCAUUAAGCUAUUUGCCUAUAUAAGUUCUGUUGCUUUCUGAAGGCCUUCCUUCAGCCCGGGGGAUGAUGUUUACGCCAUUUUUAAACUCAUACGCAAACAAUUACAUUCGAACUAUAUGUAUAUAUAUAUAUCUUCUUUUAUAUUCCUCUAUUCCUGUCCCUUUCCCUCUGCCCGGGGCAAAAGGAGACAGUUGCAUCAACGGCUGAAAGAAUUCAAGAAGUCAGUCUGUUACGACCACCCAAGAAAAACGCAUUACGCUUUUGUCGCGCUCCCGCCGCUUUGAAUUAAUUACCUAUUAAUUUCGCAAAAACCCAAGUGUGAAUUCGUCUCAUACAAUAAAAAUUGACUAUGGUGGAAAAGUGAAGUUAUUGAAAACCAGUGCAGUGCAUCGAAGAAUAUCCAGGUCUAUCGAAGGAGUUAAAACCAGGUUAGUCUCGGGCAA